CCCCAGCAUGCCAACGAAAGCUCAAAUCCAACCUAAGAGAUAAAUAUAAGAUAAUUAAUGAAGGAAUAUCGGGACAUGUAAAGUCAGCACUUCUGAAUGAGAUCUACACAGAGCUCUACAUCACAGAGGGAGAUGGAGGAGAUGUCAAUCAGGAACAUGAGGUGAAGCAGAUUGAAGCUGCAUCCAGGAAAAAAACAACACAGGAAAAAACAAUAAAAUGCAACAACAUCUUUAAACCAUUACCAGAACAGAAACGACCCAUCAGAACAGUUCUGACUAAAGGAGUUGCAGGAAUUGGAAAAACAGUCUCUGUGCAGAAGUUCAUUCUGGAUUGGUCUGAAGGAGAAGAAAAUCAGGACGUUCUCUUCAUAUUUCCACUUCCUUUUAGAGAGCUGAAUCUGAUGAAGGAGAAGAAGCUCAGUCUGGUGAAUCUUCUUCAGAGCUUUUUCCCAGAAACACAAGAUUUAAAACCAAGACAUUAUAAGAGCUACAAGAUCAUGUUCAUUUUUGAUGGUCUGGAUGAGUGUCGACUGCCUCUCGAUUUUCAGAACAAUGAGUACUUGAUGAAUAUUGAAAAGCAAACCUCAGUGGAUGUUCUGCUGACGAACCUCAUCAAGGGGAAUCUGCUUCCCUCUGCUAUCCGCUGGAUCACCUCUCGACCAGCAGCAGCCAAUCAGAUCCCUCCAGAGUGUGUUGACCAGGUAACAGAAGUGCGGGGUUUCAGUGACCCUCAGAAACAGGAGUACUUCAGUAAGAGGAUCAGUGAUAAGGACCUGGCCAACAAAGUCUUGACACACAUCAGGUCUUCAAGAAGCCUCUACAUCAUGUGCCACAUACCGGUCUUCUGCUGGAUUACAGCCACUGUUCUAGAGAGAAUGCUGAGUGAAGCUGAGAGUGGAGAAAUUCCCAAAACCCUGACGCAGAUGUUCACACACUUCCUGAUCUUUCAGAUCAAACACAAGAGCCAGAAGUACAGUGGGAAAAGUGACCCUGAUCCUCAGCAGACUAGAACAAGUAUCCUGGCUCUGGGGAAACUGGCGUUCCAGCAGCUGGAGAAAGGAAACCUGAUCUUCUAUGAGGAAGAUCUAAGAGAGAGUGGUAUCGAUAUUAGAGAAGUGUCAGUGUACUCAGGAGUGUGUACCCAGAUCUUCAGGGAGGAACAUGAGCUGCACCUGGGGAAGGUCUUCAGCUUUGUACAUCUGAGUGUUCAGGAGUUUCUUGCUGCUUUAUAUGCAUUUCUCAACAGAAAAAUUCCAAAAGAACAAUCCAAUGAACAACAAACCAGUAAACUCUUCAAGUUUUUCAUCAAGUCAACAAUGACUGACUUCCUCAGCAGUGCCAUAGACAGAGCCUUACAAAGUGAAAGUGGACACCUGGACCUGUUCCUUCGUUUCCUUCUGGGUCUCUCACUGGAGUCUAAUCAGACUCUGUUACGAGUGUUUCUGACCCCAACACAGAGAAUCUCUCACAGCAAUGAGGAAACAGUCAAAUACAUCAAAAUGAAGAUUGAGAAAAACUCAUCUCCAGAGAAAUCCAUCAAUCUGUUCCACUGUCUGAAUGAACUGAAUGAUCAUUCUCUGGUACAGGAAGUGCAGAAAUACCUGAGUGGAGGUGGUGAGUGUCGUCUUCAAAAGGCCAGUUUCUCUCCUGCUCAGUGGUCAGCUCUGGUGUUUGUGUUGGUGAACUCAGAAGAAGAGCUGGAGGAGUUUAACCUCAGUAAAUAUCAUCCAUCAGAGGAGUGUCUUCUGAGGCUGCUGCCAGUAGUUAAAAUAUCCAGAAGAGCUGUACUAGCUUCAUGUGACCUUGGAGUAAAGACGUGUGAAAAUCUGGAAUCAGUUUUAAACCUGGAAAACUCCUCCCUGAAAGAGCUGGACCUCAGUAACAAUGACCUGCAGGAUUCAGGAGUGGAGCUGCUCUCUGCUGGACUGAAGAGUUCACACUGUAAAUUACAGAUUCUCAGAUUAGCUUUGUGUAAUAUAGGAAGAAAGACGUGUGAAAAUCUGGAAUCAGUUUUAAACCUGGAAAACUCCUCCCUGAAAGAGCUGGACCUCAGUAACAAUGACCUGCAGGAUUCAGGAGUGGAGUUGCUCUCUGCUGGACUGAAGAGUUCACAAUGUAAACUGCAGAUUCUCAGACUAGCUUCAUGUAAUCUUGGAGUAAAGACGUGUGAAAAUCUGGAAUCCGUUUUAAACCUGGAAAACUCCUCACUGAAAGAGCUGGACCUCAGUAACAAUGACCUGCAGGAUUCAGGAGUGGAGCUGCUCUCUGCUGGACUGAAGAGUUCACAAUGUAAACUGCAGAUUCUCAGAUUAUCUGGUUGUAUGAUCACAGAUAAAGGCUGUUGUUCUCUGGCUUCAGCUCUAAUUUCAAACCCCUCCCACCUGAAAGAGCUGGAUCUGACCUACAACCACCCAGGAGAGUCAGGAGAGAAGCUGCUUUCUGACAGACUGGAGGAUCCACACUGCAAACUGGAGAAACUCGGAGUGGAACAUGGAGGGAAGAUCAGAAUCAAACCUGGAUUAAAAAAAUGGUUCUGUGAUUUCACUCUGGAUCUGAACACAGCGCAGCGUCGUCUCUCUCUGAGUGAGGAGAACAGGAGGGUGGAGAGGAGAGAGGAGCUGCAGUCGUAUCCUGAUCAUCCAGAGAGAUUUGAUUGGUGGGAGCAGGUUCUGAGUAGAGAGAGAGUUACUGGUGUUACUGGACGCUGUUACUGGGAGGCUGAGUGGAGUGGGGUGAGAGCUGAAGUAGCUCUGAGUUAUAAAACCAUCAGCAGGAAAGGAGGAUUAGACUGUUGGUUUGGAGAGAAUAUAAACUCCUGGAGUCUGAUCUGCUCUGAUAACAGUUACUCUGUUCAUCACAAUAAAAACAGCACUGAUCUCUCCACUCCUCCCUCCGGCUGUAGGAGAGUAGGAGUGUAUGUGGACUGUCCCUCUGGCACUCUGUCCUUCUACAGAGUCUCCUCUGAUACACACUCACCCUCACACACACCCUCACCCACACACACACACUCACACACUCUCACACACUUACACACAUUCUACACCACCUUCACUCAGCCCCUCUAUGCAGGGUUUAGGGUUUAUUCUGGCUCCUCAGUGCGUCUGUGUAAGAUAGAAUAACCCUGUGUGUAACAGAGAUUCGAUGUGUGUGUGUGUGUGUGUGUGUGUGUGUGUGUAGGAGGGAGAAUGUGUGUAUAAAUAUAAGUAUGUAAAUAUUUUAUAUAGAUGAUUUUGUAAUUUUUUUUUGUAAUUUUUUAUUUUAAUUACUGUUAUCUUUAUUCACUACUGUUAUUAUUGUUAAGUAUUGUUUUAUUUUAUUGUAAAAUAGGUUCAUAUUAAUAAAGCUAAAUAAAUGAAGA